GUCAAUAUGCUGAGUCAUUUUAGUUGUGAUUCUAGAUUGAAAAUUCUAUAUUAUCUAGAGUGAUUCUAGAUUCUAUCUAGACUCUAGAAUAGAAUCUAGAAUUCUAGAUCUAUACAUCUCUGAAUACAUCACUAACACAUUUCAUAAAAAAUUCAUGACAUUUACAAAAAACAAACAUAACAAAAUCUUGAUUAAUCUAGAAUAAUCUAGUCUAGAGUAUUCCAGAGAUCAAUAUAAUUUCUAUUGAAAUAUUAUAUAUAUAAUAUCACAAGCAUGCCAUCCAGAUUUAUUUAUCAUGCACAAGAUCUAGCGUUCUUAAUAUUUCAUUCAUGGUUGAAGCUUCGAUGGACUCCAUCAUCAAAAACUUGGCUGAUGCGCUUGGAUCGCACUAUUCGAUCAAGAAUAAGCCAUAAAAACAGUGCUGAUUGGGUUCAGGUUAACCAUGGCGGCAAGGUACUUGAUAUAUGGACAGUUAAAGUUGAAGGUGAUGUGCAGGGUUCAGUGCCUCUUGUUAUCAUGCAUGGCAUGGGAGGCGGGGCAAACAUGUUUCUCAAUAAUAUAGAUGAUCUGGCAGAACAGCGAGAUGUCAUUUUGUUGGAUUUACCUGGAUUUGGACUCAGCAGCCGGCCAGAUCUACGAGUCAAAUAUGAAAAUGGCUGGUGGGUGGAUACAUCUGCAGAUGAUGUUGAGGAAUUUUACACAGAAGUUCUAGAACAAUGGUUUCAAAAGUUGUGCUUAGAUAAAGUGAUACUUUUAGGUCACAGCUAUGGUGGAUAUCUCUCUUCUGUCUACUGUUUAAAAUACCCAGAUCGUGUCAAGCACCUCAUCCUUGCUGAUCCCUGGGGCUUUCCCCAGCGACCUGCUGCAGCAGACAUGAGGCCUUUCAUGAGAAACAAGGCCCUUGUGCUGUUGUCUAAGUUAUAUGGCAAGAUGAAUAUUUUUACACCACUUCGUGUUCUUGGACCUCUAGCAUUACCACUGUUCAGAAUAUGUAAGCUGGGCCUUAAGACCCUCUUCAUAGUUAAACUGAGUGGGAGCACUGAAGACUCAGCAGAUUUGAUUGAACGCCAGAAGCUGCUCAGGCAGGAUGGCUUACAUGUCUUCCCUAACACCACUAUGCAGGAUUACUGUUACAUGUGGAUGAUGCACAGCCAGAGUGGAGAAGUAGGUUUCAGUCGUGUUUCCAUACCAUUUGGAUGGGCAAGGAAACCUCUUGUGGAACGUGUACAGGCUUGGGAUAGCAAGUUGGAUGUAACUUUUAUCUAUGGGGCACGUUCUUGGAUAGAUUCUCAGCCAGGGCUAGAAACUAAAAAUCAACGACAUGACAACUAUGUAGAUGUACAUAUAAUUAGUGGUGCAGGGCACCAUGUUUAUGCAGAUCGUCCAAAAGCCUUUAAUCACAUAGUACAAAUGAUUGGUGAAGCAAUAGAUGAAAGUCGCAGGCCUAACAUCAGCCAUGAGUUUGAACAGCGUCACCUGGCCAUGUCCAGCUUGCGGCGCAGAUCUUCCUGUGCUUCCCAGGCUGAGCUGCUCAACGAUGAGGCUGGAAUCAGACAGCCAAGAGCUCUGAGUGCUCAUGAAUUAGCCGAGAUGGUGGAGUCCGACUCCCAAAGCUCAAAUGAGGAAGACAAUGUGGGAACGUCUGGGAGAGUCAUGUUUAGUUUGGAUGAUGUUCCUGCAGAAAAAGAACAUAAGACUCAAACAGUUUUAUCUGGUCUAGAAGAGCUGUCUAUGAGAAGAGAAAGAAAAUCUUCAUUUAGAUCCCAGCCAGCAGCUGUAAUGAAAAACGUCAAAUUCUCAACUGAGGACAAUAAUGAAGGUUCACAAAGAUCAGAAUUUCAAACAGAUUAAUGUUAUAGUAUGUUUAGGGACCAAACAUCAUUGAAAUAUCAUAUGGCAAGUGUUAUUUAUUUAAUAUCAAUUUGUCUAAUAGUUUUGACAACUAAUAAAUUGUACAGUAUCAGUAUAAUUGUUCUUUAUUGUCAUGCAUAAAACAUAACAUUUUUUAUUUUCAGUUAACUAAAAAAUGUAAAGUAAUGUUAGGUUUAAAUAGUUUUUCGUACAUAUAAGUUUAAAUAGUUUGUCAUACAAAUAAAUCAGGAAUUCUUAAAGGUAAAGAUUGACAUUGAAAUUCCAUCGGCACUGUGUAUGUAACCAGGCAGAGGAAGUGGAAAUUAUAAAAUGUUAUCAUUCUUCAUUGUCUCCAAAACCAAAAAAUGCUAGGCUUUGUUUAGCUAAUUUUUGAGUUUUGAAAUCUAUCGUUCCUUAAAAAUGUAGAUAGGAUUGUUACAUACAAUGAUCAUGAAAAAAGCAAUUAUUAAGUACCGGUAAGUCUAUUUUAUAAAAUAGAAUUAGGUUGACAUCCUGAUACUCCAUGUCCUUUGGUGUACCAUGUUAUACAUUAGUUUUGCUGACUAUUAACUUUCAUGUUUACUUUGAUCUACCUGGUUUCCUCUUCUCUCCUGGUUCUAGUCAAGCAAGAAAAAAAAUAGACUGAACAUUAUCACAUAUCAAUUUUUCAGUAUGUAUAAAUCAAAUUUGUUUAAAAUUUUGUAGUCUAUAUUAUAUCUUGUUUGAAUAAGUCACCUACACAUGCUGUACUCUUUGAAUUUUUGUUUAAAUGCCAUCUGCUAGUUUUGGUCAAAUUUCAAUAGUAGUUGAACUGAAUUUUCAUUUUUUGGUCCUAUAAAGUUAUCUUAUCUUAUCUUCAUGUUGAAACUUCUUUUUCAAUGUUAGGAUAACUUGUUUAUUUUAUGAACAAAUGUUACAGCUAGUAUCUUUGUAAUAUUUAUUUAUGACAAUUUGUAAACAUUUUUUUUAUAUAAAAUGAACUUUCUUGUAUUUAUUUGAAGAUAACAUUUUCUUGCAGAGGUACUUUAUUGUGAUAAAACCCAGGAUUAUUUGUCCAAUUGUUUUACAGCCAUUUUUUUUUCUAAAUAAAAUUUUGUAAAGUAAAGCAAA